UAUUAAAAUGUCAUCUGUCAAACGUAAACGUCAAUAACCUUUUCACAAACUUAUCCAAAUUUGCAAAAAUAAUAGUGAAGGGACAAAAGGCGCAUGCAGUCUGUAAGUUACAAAAUUCCGCUAUUUAUGUAAUGUUAUCGGUGCUAUUUAACAAGUCUCUACAAACCGAUCCGUUUCUGAUUAAUGAUUUUUCAAGAGUUGCCCCCCUAAUCAGUAUCAAGUUAAAUGGGGCUCCGAAUGCGAGUCGUAACAAAUCGAAGAACAUUGUAAUGGCAGAACGUCGCAAUGAAUCGUAUACCAAUAAGAACAACGACAAUAAUUACAGUAACAUUCGCACUGUUGUCACUUCUCGUCUAUCGGGGCUACCGAACAGUCGGAGGCAAAAUAAAAACCGAACCGAGGAAAGUAUUUGUCCCAGUGUCGGAAAUGUGGUGCAAUUCAAUAAUUUUACGGUGGGGCUACCUUUGAGGCAGCCGUUGCAACCACAAAUAUACAAUCAUUUAGCUUAUCAGCAGUUUGUACACGCAGUAUUACAACCAAAUUUACAACCGUGCUUUCACAGACCUAACCAGGAAAACCGGAGGCAGUUACACAACGCUGGUAACACUGCUGGACGACGGUCGCUAAAAGGGUUACGUUUUUGGGAAAAAAUCUCACCAAAUAGUACUAACUCAGGAUUCGUUUUCUCUGUUAUGACUUACAAUGUCCUUGCCCAAGACCUCAUCAACCAACAUCCUUAUUUAUACACGUUUCAUAGAAGAGAUUGUCUCAAAUGGGACACUCGUUGGAAUAAUCUCUUGGCUGAAAUUCGCGAUUUAAACCCUGACAUUUUGUGUCUCCAAGAAGUACAAAAUACACAUUUAGAUCAAUAUUUUUCAACAUUUGAGACUUUGGGGUACCAAGGACUGUACAAGCAACGCACCGGCCCCCGCACCGACGGCUGUGCCAUCUACUACAAGUCCUCCUUACUUACCCUCCUUGAACAUGAGACAGUUGAAUACAACCAACCCAGUACCCGUCUCCUCGACCGCGACAACGUGGCCAUAAUCGCAAAAUUCGCCCCUAAAUCCCACCUCUCGCACUCCUUCGUCGUCGCCACAACCCACCUCCUCUACAACCCAAAACGACAAGACGUACGCCUCGCCCAAACCCAACUCCUCCUUGCCGAAAUCGACCGAAUUGCGUUUAAUUCCUCCAAGUACUUUCCAGUUAUCGUCACUGGCGAUCUAAACUCCACCCCCAACUCCGCCCUCUACAAAUUCAUCACUAGUGGACUGUUGCGCCGCGAAGAUUUGGCUUCGAUUCACUCACCGAGGAGCGAGACCGGGACCUAUCGUUUGCCUUCAUCGUUGAGAAUUACAGAUGAGUGCCAACAUGCCGAUUUGUUAGCGAAGAGGCAAAAAAAUAAUCUUUUGCCAAGACAGGAGGAGCUUAAGUUGAUUGAGCUGAAACAUAGUGGAAGGCAGAUUGAAGGGAAGAAAAAUAAGGAGAAACUCAAUGAGAAGUUGUUCAAUUCGGGGAGUUUGAGUCAUAAAUUUUUCCUAGAUUCGGUGUACAAGUACAGAAUUAGGGGAGAUAUCGAAGCAACGACCUUUCAGGACAUGUGGGUUUCCGUCGAUUACAUUUUUUUCAGUAAGAAGCGGAAAAGUAAGAGUGGUCUCGUCCUUUUGGAGCGUUACAGAUUGCCGACGAGCAAAGAAUUGCGUGAUUUAAAAAUCCCUAAUGGGGAUUUGGGGUCGGAUCAUUUAUCUCUGAUGGCGAGAUUUAAGUUGGAAUUGCGAUAAUGUUUAAUGUUAAGGGUUAAGUGUUUUGACUACAUAUUUUGUAAAAAUAAAGUUUGUUUAAGGA